AUUGUGGCAGCUGUGAAGAAAACUGGCUUCGAUCCCCGAAGACCUGAUGAGGAGAUCUGGAGUUUCCCGGUUUCUCUCAUGUUCUCCAUCAGUGUGAUCACUAUGGUUGGCUAUGGGGAAUUCACCCCAACCACGGACUGGGGAAAGAUCAGCACCAUGGUCUAUGCUUUUUUCGGGAUCCCCAUCUACAUCCUGUACUUGAGCAACAUGGGGAAAAUUCUUGCUGAAACUUUCAAGUACUUGUACGCGCGUCUCUACCUCUGCAACCACCGCCACGGGAACAAGCACGGCAACCUCGCCAGUGGCAACCACAAGUACAGGCUGCAGUACGAGGCAGGGGGCAAGUUGCAGGACCCGGGUCUGCCGAUCAUCACAGUAGAGGAUCCCGACGGGAUGAACCAGGGUUCGGGGGCCGAGAAGCCCGUUAUUGUGCCGACCACGGCCUGCAUGUGGGUCAUGGUGCUUUACAUCACGGUGGCCACAAUUACGUUUGCAGAAUGGGAGCAGUGGAAUUAUCUGGAUUCCGCGUAUUUUGUGGCUACGACACUCAUGAAAAUCGGCCUGGGGGAUUUUGUUCCGGGAACCAGCAGGAACAGUAGGGAAGCAGCUGGGAGCUCAAAAGAAGCAAACCAGACCAAACUGGUCAUCAACUUCCUGUUCAUCCUCAUCGGCAUGGGCCUGGUAGCCAUGUGCUACUACCUCAUGAGGGAAGAGGUGAUGGUGAAGGUUGGCAAGCUCAAGGAACAAGUCAAAGACAGAUGUCGCCCUCUGGACUCGUCCUCAUCAGCCAGUGGCUCCAGCAGUCAUCACGCCAUUCCUGUCCCUCAUCAGCACCAUCAGCACAAUAUCAGAGGGAUACAGCACACUGAAAGCUAUGCACGGGCAUACUGAAAAGAAGGAGUGGGACGGUGAGCGACAUCUGUGUGUCAGGUGUGCGUUUUUCGAUGAGUUACCGCCUGUUUUUGAGCUUGUCGUCGUGGAUGAGACUCGGUUCGUUCGUCGGUGUUUUGAGAAAGCGUCGGCGAGGUCAGUGUGUGAAGAUUAUUUGUUUUCUUUUUUUUUUUUUUCAUUGAUGAUGAUGAUGAAAUUCGAGGGCAUGUGUGGGAUAUUGUUUUGUGCAGAAGGAGCAAAGUUGUUAUAUAUUCACGCGUUAGAUAUGAACUGCGAGCUGAUGGGAUUGACGAGAGCAUUUGCAAAAUACACCGGUGAAGUUUCAUCACCACCUCUUUUUGAUGCACGGAUAGUAA